CACGAGGGGACACCGGGGGACAGCGCCGGCCGGGACGAUGCUGGCGCUGCUGUGGCUGUCCCUGGUGACAGCGGUGACACCCGGGGGGGGUCACGGGGGGGCUCUGACCUUCCUGGCCCUGGGGGACUGGGGGGGGCUGCCCGAGCCCCCCUUUGUCACCGCUCGCCAGGUGGCCACGGCGGCGGCCAUGGGCCACGCGGCCACCGAGCUGGGCGGCGACUUCGUGCUCGCGCUCGGCGACAACUUCUACUACGCGGGGGUGCGGGACGAGGGGGACCCCCGCUUCCAGGACACCUUCGAGCGCGUGUUCGUGGCCCCGGGGCUCCGCGGCGUCCCCUGGUACGUGAUGGCCGGGAACCACGACCACGCCGGGAAUGUCACCGCGCAGCUGCGCUACAGCCGCCACUCGCCGCGCUGGCACUUCCCCCACCCCUACUACAGCCUGCGGCUGCACCUGCCCGGCUCCAACGCCUCGGCGCGGCUCCUGGUGCUGGACUCGGUUCUGCUCUGCGGCCACAGCGACGACUUCGGCGCCGGCCCGCGGGGCCCCGGGACGCGGGCGGCGGCCGCGGCUCACCUGGCCUGGCUGCGGGCGCAGCUGGAGGCGGCGGCCGGCGACAGCUUCGUGCUGGUGGCCGGCCACUACCCGGUGUGGUCGGUGGCCAAGCACGGCCCCACGCCCUGCCUGCUGCGCCUGCUGCGGCCGCUGCUGCGGCGCCACCGCGUCAGCGCCUACCUGUGCGGCCACGACCACAACCUGCAGUACCUGGAGGAGGGGGGGGUGGGCUACGUCCUGAGCGGCGCCGGCAACUUCAUGGAGGACUCGCGGCCCCACGAGGGCUCCGUGCCCCCCGGCGCCCUCCGCUUCUUCUUCGGGAGCCCCGCCAGCCCCGGCGGCUUCGCCCACCUGCGCCUGGAGCCCCGCGCGGCCACGGUCACGUUCCUGGAGGCCACCGGGGCGCGUCCUGCACCGCGUGACGCUGCCGCCCCGGCACCUGUGAGCCGGGACACCGGGACAGCGGGGCACCGGGACACCGGGACAGCGGGACAGCGGGACAGCGGGACAGCGGGACACGGGGGACACCGGGACAGAGGGACAGGCGGAGGGGCGGCACUUCCGGGAAGGGCGGCGGGAGCGCGGCGUGAGGAGGGACCCGGGAGGGACCGGGGGGAACCGGGGGGCUCCAGCCGCCCCCGGCACGUCCCCGCAGCGGGGUCGGGGCCACUCCGAGGCGGCUCCCGGGGCGGCUCCCGGUGUCGUUCCCGUUCCCGAGGCCGUUCCCGGUUCUGGGCUCCGGUGCGGCCGCCAUGGGGCCGCCGCAAGUCGAAGCGGAAGCCGCCGCCCAAGAAGAAGAUGACGGGGACGCUGGAGACGCAGUUCACGUGUCCCUUCUGCAACCACGAGAAGUCCUGCGACGUCAAGAUGGACCGCGCCCGGAACACCGGGGUGAUCUCGUGCACCGUGUGCCUGGAGGAGUUCCAGACCCCCAUCACCUACCUGUCGGAGCCCGUGGACGUUUACAGCGACUGGAUCGACGCCUGCGAAGCCGCCAACCAGUGACACCGGGGGGGGGGGCGGGGAGACCCCCGGAGCCGCCGGUGACACCCCCGGAGCCGGUGCGGGGGGGUGACAUUCCCCCACCCCCCGGCACCUGAGACUUGUCCUUGUCCCCGCGGGGACAUCGGGGUGGGGGGUGACGCGUUUGGGGACAGCUGCCCUGGAAUAAACGCCCCGCGUGGCGGCCCUUGUC